CGACGGCUUUUGAAAACAGAACGUGUUAAAAACCUGAUGAAAACCCUUAAGGACACUGCUUUAUUAAUUGGAAAGCUAAGUGAAGAUCUCACUCUGAAAGUUGACUCCAUUUCUCCGAACGAUGCGGAAUUUCACAGACAAUUAAUUGUCCAAUUGAUGACUACAUUUCACAAUAUAUAUGAUAUUUUUUGCACGAUAAGUGUUAAAGAGCGAAUGAAUAUUAUUGCUGAGAACAGAACCUUGUUGCUAAAGCAGAAUCCUACUGAGCCAACUGCUGUUGCUGUUCCUUCCGUGCUCCCAGUAGUACCAUCAAAUUUGCCAAAUAAAAAGAAAAAACUGUCUGCAGCUACUAUAAAAUCAUUAGAACGGAAAAAAAGCAAGUCUUCUAUUGACAGUAGAACUUAUACAGUUUCAGACUUUCAAAGAUGCAAAAUGAGACCUCAUUCCAAUCCGACAAUAAAAUCUCAUUCAGUUUCGCCUUCCCGUAUUUGUAAGCGUUCUGUUGCUGUAUCACCAAAGCGAAAAAGUGCAAGUCCAAGAAAAUCAUCACAUCGAUUGACGAUGAAUCUUAAGUGAUAAUGUGGUUGCCUUGAAAAUGAGAAAGCAUGUUCUCUUUUUAUGGAGUUCAUUCUUUUUUGUUUCGUUUUUUUACAAAAUUGACUAUUUUAAUAUGUACAUUUUAAGAGGUUGAAAGCAUUUUGAAAAUUUUGUUUUCUCCUAACCUUAUCUUAUUUUAAAUUGUAUUUUGUAACAUGAGUUUUGUGAAUAAAAGAAGUG